AUGGCUCCCUCUUCAGUGGAGCGCAUGACGACGCUGUCGCAAGAGAUUGCCGCCAAAACCAAGAUCAUCACCGACUAUCUCACCACCAACAACCUCGAUGCGGCGUCCUUUGAUGUCAAUGGACUCGCCGAGUUUCCUAUUCCAAUUGAAGAGGAGGAGACGUACAAGGCUCGUCUUGAACUCAUUGCGCUGACCAAGGAGCUGCAUGACAUUGCCCUUGGCCCCAGCGAAAGCGUGCGCUAUCUGGCAUGGGAUGGCGUCAACAACCUCUCACUCCAGGCAAUCUGGGACUUCAAGAUCGCCCAGGCCGUCCCCCUCAACGGCAUCAUCUCCUACGACGACCUCACAGCCAAGGUAAAGGAUCUGAAUGACGGCCUCGACACUCCGAUGCUCAACCUCCGCCGCAUCAUCCGCCACGCCAUGACCAACCGCAUCUUCGUCGAGCCCAAGAAGGGUUUCGUCGCCCACAACCGCUCCUCGCGCCUGAUCCUCGAGAGCCCGACCAUGAGCAGCUGGGUCGGCUUCAUGUGCAGCGAUCUGGGCCUGCCUGUCGCCAACGUUGUCAACGCCAUGCGGAAGUGGCCGGGGAGCGAGGAGUCCAACGAGACGAGUGUGAAUCUCACGUAUGGGCAGGAUCUGCCCUGGUUCGACUUCAUUCAGAAGGAUAAGGAGUUUGCCAACAGGUAUAAUCUUGCUAUGGCGGCGCAUGGUGGGGGAGAGGGAUACUCUGUGCAGAGGGUUGUGGAGGGCUACGCAUGGGACCGUCUGCCAGAGGGCGCAACCGUCGUGGAUAUGGGCGGCAACCAAGGCUACGUCUCCUUCGCUAUCGCCGAAGCCUUCCCCAAGCUUAACUUCGUCGUCCAGGACACAGCCGGCAUGCGCACCCCCGAGACGAUCGGCAAGAUCCCAGACGCCCUCCAGUCACGCGUCCAGCUGACCACCCACGACUUCUUCACGCCCCAGACGGUCAUCGCCGACGCCUACUUCUUCCGCAUGAUCUUCCACGGCUUCUCGGACAAGUACUCGGUGCAGAUCCUACAGGCCCUCAUCCCCGCCCUGCGCCAGGGAACCAAGAUCAUCCUCAACGACGGCGGGCUACCGGAGCCGGGCACCGCGGGGUACAUGGAGGAGAAGGCGAUGCGGACACUCGACAUGUUCAUGCAGGUCACGGUGAAUGCGCGCGAGCGGGAGCCGGAUGACUGGAGGGAUCUGUUUAAAAAGGCUGACGAGAGGUACAAGGUCUUGGAUGUUUGGAUGCCUCCAAAGUCGAGGAUGUGGUUUGUCGAGGCUGAAUGGACUGGGCAAUGA